AAGAUAAAUCCGUUAGCAGAAGCGUCAUUUUUGAAAGAUGUGUUUGCAAACAUUUCUCUUUAAACUAAAAUAAAUUAUUUUUACCAAUGUAAUAUUAAGGAGUUAUCAUGGUAAAAAGAAAACUUACGCCAAGAAAAAGUACAGUAAGCCUUAAUCAAUCACCUUCUAAAAAUACACGAUCACAACCUACAUCAGAUCUUUCAAGCAAUCAGCGAACAUCUUCAAGAAAAAGUACUGUCGAUCAGCCAUCAACAAGCAUAAAUGUUCCUACAUCUUCACAAUCUCUGCCAAAUGUUUCAAAAAAUAGACGCAAAUCUGGAAAACGGAAGAAAAAAACAUCAUCUACUCAAAUGACUAUUGGACCGAGAUAUUUCAAAGUUUCAAACAAAACCUUAAAAGACAUUGGGAGGCUGCAGCGUGAGGUCACUAACUGUAUACCAAGGUUACCUUUUUCUCGUUUAAUUAGAGAAAUUCUUCUACAGGAAGGCCGGGUGCAUCAGCUUAGAGUACAGCUUGAAGCACUGAAAGCUUUACAGGAAGCCAGUGAAAUAUAUUUAGUAAAUCUUUUUGAAGAUGCUAAUAGAUGUGCUGCUCAUGCUAGGAGAAUAACUGUAAUGCCAAGGGACAUCCAACUAACGUUAGAGUUAAGAGGACCCACUGAUUCAGGGAGAUGA